AUAAAUAAAGCGAGGGCUCUUGACGUGCGGUAUUGGAGGCGUCAAUGGCACGACCAAGCAUUGGCUCCGCCGCCCCGGUGCUGGUUCUGGCCUGGUGCUGCGCGGCAGCCACCGCGCGAGGGACGGAGUGGGUCGUCGGCGGCGACAAGGGGUGGACCUUCGGCGUCGCCGGCUGGGAGAACCACAAGCCGAUCCAGCCCGGCGACAAGCUCGUGUUCAAGUACCAACCUGGGGCGCACAACGUGGUGGAGGUGGACGUGGCCGGGUACAUGGAGUGCAAGGCCCCCGACGGCGCCAGGACUCACACCACCGGCAACGACACCUUGGAGAUGCCCGGCGGCAAGGCCUACUUCAUCUGCACCUUCCCCGGCCACUGCGAGAAGGGCAUGAGGAUCGGCAUCCCGCCUAGAUAAAUAGGUCCGUUGAUAAAUAGCCCGACGUACUCUCUCGCGGGCUUGUUGAACGAUAAAUAAACUCAUGGGUGAUGGAAUGUUUGUCUGCAACUGCAAGCCCAGUUUUUCCUAGCCGUAGAGAUGAACGAGUAAAAAGGGAGGACGGGAAUAAAUAGAUUUCACACCA